AUGCCCCCCAAACCCACCGUCCUCUUCCUCUGCAUCCACAACGCCGGCCGCUCCCAAAUAGCCGCAGCCUACCUCACCCACCUCACCAACAACACCAUCCAAGUCCACUCCGCCGGCUCCUCCCCAGCGCCCACCAUAAACCCAAUCGUCGUGCAAAUCAUGCUAGAAGAAGGAAUCAACAUCUCGGAUCAGAAACCGAAGGUCCUUGGGCGCGAAACUGUUGAGGAAUGUGAUGUUAUUGUCACGAUGGGCUGUGGGGAUGCUUGUCCUUAUUUUCCGGGGAAGCGAUAUGUUGACUGGCGGGUUGGGGAUCCUGCCGGCCAGGGGGUUGGGGUUGUGAGGGGUGUGAGGGAUGAGAUUCGGGGGAGGGUUGAGGGGCUUAUUGAGGAGUUGCGGGUUUCUUGA